CUUUCAGAAUCAGUGAGUGGCUCACUCUCUGCCAUCUCAGCGUUCGCUUCUGUCCAUUGCCUUCCCUUCCACGCAUUCUCUCACAAAAUCCAUUUUCAUCUCCCCAUCAAACAAGAAGAAGAAGAAAAAAUCCUCUGUUUUCUUCUGCCGCGGACCGACCCACCACCGAACGCUAGUACGCUACCAUUAUUUCAUUGCUCAAUCACCCUUCCUCUUCCCCCCACAAUUUCCGCCAUUUCUGUUGCUGUAGUUUUGACCUCCUCUCCCAAACGCAAAAUGGCGCGCUUGCUCUCUCCAGUCUGCACUGACCCCCUCAAGCUUCAAAACCCAUGUGUCAGUUUCGCCUCGGCUGCUUCCUCCCGCCUCUUCUCCGGCUCCCUCGCCCCCAAGAGACGACGGCCUGCUGCUGCCGCCGGCCGAGUUAGGGUCGCCACCGACGAUGGCCCUUCCACCGCCGAUGACUACUAUGCUGUCCUUGGUUUGCUUCCGGAUGCUACGCCGGAGCAGAUUAAGAAAGCCUACUACAAUUGCAUGAAAGCUUGCCAUCCGGAUUUGAGCGGUGACGAUGCCGAGACCACCAAUUUUUGUAUGUUCAUCAACGAGGUCUAUGAGGUGCUGAGUGACCCUGUUCAGCGUAUGGUUUAUGAUGAAAUUCAUGGAUAUGCCUUGACUGGAAUCAACCCUUUCCUUGAUGAUUCAUGUACCAGGGAUCAUGCUUUUGUUGACGAAUUUAGCUGCAUAGGCUGCAAGAAUUGUGCCAAUGUUGCCCCUGAUGUGUUUGGGAUUGAGGAGGAUUUUGGGAGAGCUAGAGUGUACAGCCAAUGCGGGGUUUCGGAUUUAGUUCAACAAGCCAUUGAGAGUUGCCCUGUUGACUGCAUCCAUUGGACUUCUGCAGCACAAUUAUCUCUGCUUGAAGACGAAAUGCGUAGAGUGGAGAGAGUAAAUGUGGCAUUGAUGCUUUCUGGAAUGGGGUCUGCCUCAGUGGAUGUUUUCAGAAUGGCAAGUUCGCGGUGGGAGAAGAGGCAAGCAAAAGUACUGGAGAAAGCUAGGGUGCAGAUGAUGAAGAAGAAUGGCAAGGAUGCUGAUAAGGAUGAUUCGUACUGGAGCAACUUGUGGGGCAGUCAAAAAGACCGCCAGCCUUCAGAGGAGGAAACUAAGGAGAGAUCAAAAAGAGCGGCUGCAGCUGCCAGACGAUGGAGGGAGUACUCAAGAAGAGGUGUGGACAAAGCUCCUAAGUUUAAACUCCCAGAGGCGAUCUCCAACAACGACAAUUGAUUGGUCGGUACGUUCAGAAGCUACUGGUAAUGCAUAUAUGCGUAGAUAGUUAUAUAGAUCGAUCAAUGGGAUGAAAAUCCUGCAUUGGGAAGAAAGUCUUACGUUAUUGCACAGCGAUGAUGUAUAUAAAGUUGACAAACUGUUGCAGACUUGUAGUACAGGCAUAUAAACGAAACGUUGAAAUCGUCCAACGUCAAAUCCCCAGCAGAAAAAAGAACAAUAAUAUGACAAUGCCAGCCAUUUGGGUUGUCUCAAACAGAGGAUUCUUUCUUGUUGGUAGCCUAUGGUUGAUCUUGCUUUUAUGACGAGUCUAAAAAAGAAUUAACAAAUGAAAACAAAAUUGAAGACUUCACAGUUCAACUUCAAAACGCUCAACCAUAGAUCGUUGCUAAAAUUCUGCCGCAAACUUCAUGGGAGCAGCUCUUCUUUGAAGCUCGAUUUACCAUGACCAAUGGCGGCCUCAAUUUCACCAUCACCAACCAUCUCCAACGCCAAACUAGAAGCACUAACGACUACUUCUCUUUUUCUUCUUGUAGUUCAUCGUCAUCAUCUUCAUCAUCAAUAGCCCUUAACAGCUUCGCACACGACCCCAAUUCUUCUUCUUCUUCUUCCACUUCCCCUAUGCUCAAUCGAAC